AUGCCCAGUUCCAGUUCCCAUUCAGCUCCAUUCGGCAUCGGUUGUCCCCGUCGCAAUGAUAAUCUCGUGGCUGACCUUUCUCUGCCUUUGUUCGAAUCUGUAUUCGAGUUCGGCGUUGCAUGUGCCGCAGCACAAUUGCGAUAGGUACUUCUCCUACCGCCGCGAGGAGAGUGGAUCCUACUUUGGCCUAUUCACCGCCAAACACGGUGGAAUCAACAGCCUGACAUGGGAGGUGCAAUUCACUGCCCACGGAACUGGUCAGGCUGGUUCUGUCGGCUCUCUUAUGCCGUAUCCCACUAAGGAUCAGGCCUUUGAGAGAAUCCACGAUGGAGGGCUGGGUCAGGUGUAUGUGCGCUUUCAGGAUUUCGGAAACGAGCUGCCCAAGCUCGUUUAUGCAAAGUUCAAUGAUGAGGUUUUAUGCAGAAACAGCGAGUACGAUGCUCCCUCGAGCACAAUGACCAGGCGGCAGUCCAUGUCCACCUCAUCGCCGAUUAGAGACAUUUUCGCAACACCAAGACAAGAAACGACAGCGUCCCCGGCGUCCCUUCCUAAUCCCUUCCUAAAUCGAAUUGUGCCUCGGGUAGAGACCGACUACGAUGAGUGCGGCAAGGAGGGUCUGGCGUCCCUUCAACUGGGCGGUGACCUCGUGACCCGGGGUCAAUACCCCUGGUUGGCGGCCCUCUAUGAGGGAACCUCCUCGGUUAGCUACAAGUGUGUGGUUUCGGUAAUCUCGAAACGGACUGUGAUCACGGCAGCCCAUUGCAUUUACGGAAAGGAGGCCGCCAACCUUUGGGUUUAUCUCGGCAAACACGAUCGCUUUACGAAUCCGGAAAACGGAGCUUCCUUGGUCAGUGUGUCCACUGUUAGAACGCCUACGCAGUACAAUGGCACUCCGAUCCCGGACUCGGAUAUUGGUCUCCUGGUGCUCAGCGAAGCGAUGGUCUACUCAAGGUACAUCCAGCCGCUCUGUCUGUGGACUUCCAAUAUGGGAGUGCCACCCAAUGAGGGCGACACUGGAGCAGUUGCGGGCUGGGGAUUCGAUCACUCCGCCCAGAAGACACAGUUUCCGAAGACCGUGAGUGUGCGAUUGGUGUCGCGGGAUCAGUGCCUCAGGGAAAUGAAGCGAGCGGAGGACUUCAUCACGGCGCGAACAGUCUGUGCCGGGAAUCCGGAUUCCCAUGGUCCCUGCUUCGGGGACUCAGGAUCCGCACUGAUUGUCCUGCGAAACAACCGAUACUACAUUCGGGGCGUCGUUUCCUUGUCGCUUCGCAAUGGAACAAUCUGCGAUUUGAGCAAGUACGUCAUCUACUGCGAUGUUUCCAAGCAUCUCGACUGGGUUCAUCAGAAUAUGGUGAAUUGAAAUGGAGAUAUGCUUGUUUACCUUAAGAUGAUCCCACGGAAUUAAAGAUAUUGACCAUUAGAUAAGAAGAAAGAUUUAUAGUAUUGGAUUCGCAAAUAACGUUUAUAUUUUUCGUUUUGUCGAUUUUUUCUAUGCUCCAAAGAAUUACAAUAGGGCCAACCCAUUAUUGUUAGAUCCUUAAUUGAUAGAAAACCCAAACCAACUUCUUCUGAAGCUGAAGGUUAUUUUACAUCCCAAUGAAUAAAGUGAUCUUAUAAAGUGA